GAAAAAAGUCCGAUGAUCCAUCGAACCGAAGGCUUUGCCUUUUCUUAAUUACGUAGCGUCCAGCGUCUCCCUCUCCACCCCCCCGUCGUUUUGUUUUUUUUUGCUUUUCUGAGACGUUUGUGAAGUGGUAAUUAGCUCUUGGAGAAUAAAACCGGCUGAUUUGGACGGGUCGGAGCAUUUUGGGGCUGAGAUGGCUGACGGGAUGGUCGCGUUUCUGCUGCUCGGCUCGCUGCUCCUCGCUCUGCUGCAGCCUUCCCUCCAGGGAGGAGUGUAUCCACCUGCAGGUACUGGAAUUGGUGGCUAUCCAGGUGGAGGUGCAUUACCAGGAGGUGGAUUUUAUCCAGGAGGCGCAGGAGUCCCGUACAAACCGGCCAAAGCUGCAGUAGGUGGAUACGGACCUGGUGCUGGAGGCCUCGGCACUGGUGGGUUUGGUCUCGGAACUGGAAUCGGCGCAGGAGGUCAAGGACUAGGCGCUGGUGGAAGGCCUGCAAAACCAGGUUAUGGAAGCUUUGCAGGUGGCGGCUUGGGCGCUGGAGGACUUGGAGGUUAUGGGGGAUACGGAGUCUAUCCAGGUUUUGGAGGUGGAAUUCAGCCAGGUGUUGGUACUGGAAUAGGAGGAGCUGGAGUUCAGCCAGGUGUUGGUACUGUUCCGGGCAUUCCUCAGACUGGUCUUCCUGGUAUGGGUCCUGGGGUCAAGGCUGCAAAAGCAGGAAAGGCAGCUGUGCCAGGAGUCGGAGUACCUGGAGCUUUUCAGGGGGGCGUGUUACCUGGGCAAGGACAUGGUGGGCGUGGUUUGCUCCCAGGCGUGGCAACAGGAACUGGACUCAGACCGAAGUCAGGUACUGGUGGAGUAAUGCAACCAGGGGUGUUUCACGGAUACCCUCUGAAAUCCCCCAAAGCCCAAGGUGGAUCCCCAUACGGUGGUGGCAAACUUCCUUAUGGCUAUGGUGGUUUUGGAACUGGUGCAGGACUACCAGGAGGAGGCGGCUCUAAACCAGGCUAUCCUACUGGCACUGGUGUUGGGACCCUGGGUGCUGCACAAGCCAAAGCUGCUAAAUAUGGUGCUGGAGCUGGUCUCGGUUUAGGUGGUGUCGGUGGGGUUCCCGGAGCUGGUGUCGGAGGGGUUCCAGGAGCUGGCGGUUAUUACCCAGGUGUUGGGGGUGUUGGUGGGAUUUCACCAGCUCAAGCCAAGGCUGCUAAAUAUGGUGCUGGACUGGGCGGUGUUGGUGGUGUACCAGGUGCUGGACUGGGUGGUGUUGGUGGUGUACCAGGAGCUGGAGGAGUUUACCCUGGAACUGGAGUUGGUACAGGAGCGCUCACUCCGGCUCAGGCGAAAGCUGCUAAAUACGGUGCAGGAGGAUACGGACCAGGGGCUGGAGGAGUUUAUCCUGGAGCUGGAACAGGAGGUUUUGUACCAGGAGCUGGAGGAGUUUUUCCUGGAGCUGGUACAGGAGGUCUAACACCAGCUCAAGCUAAAGCAGCAAAAUACGGAGCUGGAGGAGCUGGUUUGGGUGGUCUUGGUUUACCAGGAGCUGGAGGAGUUGUACCUGGAACAGGUGCAGGAGUUCUGACACCCGCCCAGGCCAAAGCAGCAAAAUACGGAGCUGGUGGAGCUGGUCUGGGUGGUGCCGGUUUACCAAGCACUGGAGGACUUUUACCUGGAACAGGUUACGCUGCUGCUAAAGCGGCAAAAUAUGGCGCAGGUCGAGGAGCUGUUCCAGGGGCUGUUCCAGGAGCUUUUCCAGGAGCUUUUCCGGGGGCUGUUCCUGGAGCUGUUCCAGGAGGUUACGCUGCUGCUAAAGCUGCAAAAUACGUAGGUGCAGGUCCAGGAGCUUUUCCAGGAGCUGUUCCAGGGGCUUUUCCAGGAGCUUUUCCAGGAGCUGUUCCAGGAGCUUUUCCAGGAGCUGUUCCAGGAGCUUUUCCAGGGGCUGUUCCAGGAGCUUUUCCAGGGGCUGUUCCGGGGGCUGUUCCAGGAGCUUUUCCAGGGGCUGUUCCGGGGGCUGUUCCAGGAGGUUACGCUGCUGCUAAAGCUGCAAGAUAUGUGGGCGCAGGUCCAGGGGCUGUUCCGGGAGCUUUUCCAGGGGCUUUUCCGGGAGUUUUUCCAGGGGCUGUUCCGGGGGCUGUUCCAGGGGCUUUUCCAGGGGCUGUUCCAGGAGGUUACGCUGCUGCUAAAGCUGCAAAAUACGGCACAGGUCCAGGAGCUGUUCCAGGGGCUGUUCCAGGAGCUUUUCCAGGGGCUGUUCCAGGAGCUUUUCCAGGGGCUGUUCCAGGAGCUUUUCCAGGGGCUGUUCCAGGAGCUUUUCCAGGGGCUGUUCCAGGAGCUUUUCCAGGGGCUUUUCCAGGAGGUUAUGCUGCUGCUAAAGCUGCAAAAUACGGCGUAGGUACAGGGGCAGUUCCGGGGGCUGUUCCAGGGGCUUUUCCGGGGGCUGUUCCAGGGGCUGUUCCAGGAGGUUACGCUGCUGCUAAAGCUGCAAAAUAUGGCACAGGUCCAGGUGCUGUUCCAGGAGGUGUUCCAGGGGCUUUUCCGGGGGCUGUUCCGGGGGCUGUUCCAGGAGGUUAUGCUGCUGCUAAAGCUGCAAAAUACGGAGGUGUAGGUCCAGGGGCUGUUCCAGGAGCUUUUCCGGGGGCUGUUCCGGGGGCUGUUCCAGGGGCUGUUCCAGGAGGUUACGCUGCUGCUAAAGCUGCAAGAUAUGGCGCAGGUCCAGGUGCUGUUCCAGGGGCUGUUUCAGGGGCUUUUCCAGGGGCUUUUCCAGGGGCUGUUCCUGGAGGUUACGCUGCUGCUAAAGCUGCAAAAUAUGGUAUCUCUACUGGAGCAGGAGCUGUACCAGGAGCAAUUCCAGGGGCUGUUCCAGGGGCAAUUCCAGGAGCUGUACCAGGGGCUGUUCCAGGAGGUUAUGCUGCUGCGAAAGCUGCAAAAUAUGGUGUCGGUGGUGCUGGAGUAGGAAGGGUGCCGGGAGCUGUGCCAGGAGCUGUGCCGGGAGCUGUGCCAGGGGGUUAUCCUGCUGGUGCUAAAGCAUUGAAAUAUGGUGCUGGGGGAGCUGUGCCGGGUGUCGGGGCCGUGCCAGGAGUGGGUGGACGUCCAGGUCUGGGGGUACCCGCAGGACCCGGAUAUUUGCCCUAUCCUGGUGGAUAUAAGCCCCCCAAAUAUGGGGUCGCUGGAGGUGCUGAAACUGGACCAGGAGCCGGAUUACCGCUGCCUGCUACCGGAACAGGCGUUGGACCUGGAGGAUAUCCUACUGGAGGAAAACCACCUAAACCUGUUCUGCCAAGCACUGGCGUAACUGGAACAGGUGUCGAAGCACCUGUUGCGACACCUGGCACCGGGGUUGUUGCCCCAGGCGACACCGGUGCAGCUGCAAAACCAGCCAAGGGUCCGACUGCGGCUCCAGGAGAAAUCGUCGGUCCAGGACCAACGGCUAGUUCCGAAACUGUCAAGGCCCCUAAGCCCAUUGACGCUGGAGCCAUUCAACCUGGGCCUGCGAGAGGUGAUGGUGAUGUUCCUAAGCCUCCUAAGACUGGUGGUGUGGUAGGAUCUGGAAUAGGACCUGGUGUAGGAACAGGAGUAGUACCCGGAGUGGCACCAGGAGUAGGACCUGGAGCAGGUGUGAGGUAUCCUGGUGUUGUUCCUGGCGCUGCUGGUAAACCACCCAAACCAGGCUAUGGUUCUUUGGCGACUGGAGUUCAACCAGGCGGCAUCGCUCCAGGAUAUUAUGGAGGGUACCAACCGGCUUAUCCAGGAGCGUAUGGAGCAGGGCUGUCACCACAGCAAGCCAAAGCUGCCAAAUACGGAGCACUUCAGGGAUUCCUGGGUGGAGGUGGCUACGGAGGGGGUGCAGGGUGCCAAGGCAAAUACUGCGGCAAGAGAAGAAAAUAGAGUCGCUCUUGGGAUGUGAAGUGACCUCAAGAAACAAUGGUGCUACUGCAUGAUCUAGAAUGUACAUUUGAUAUGCAAAAACAGUCUUAUGUACGACGUGUUUUAUAGCUACAGGAAAUAUUUUUUACCGAUACAAUGAAAGGAAAGGGAGAGAGAACAUUCCAACUUGAAGCUGUUUUUUUUUCUGUAGACAGGGACUCCAUGAUCGACAAACUUAAAUCCAGGUUCAUUAUUUGUCAUAGAUGUUGUACAGUAGAGAUGAGGUACCUAUUUUUUCUUUGAUUUUGAUUACGAUUUUACGUAAAAGCCAUGAUAGUAUCCGUCCAGGUUCGAGUAAUGAUGUCACAGAUGGACUACUUUUAUAACGUUAUUUGCUUGUAUUAGGAAAUAAGACACUCUUUAGUUUGAUAGUUCUGAAUUUUAGUUGAUAUUUGUUGGAAACAGACCCCCCACACGUCAAUGGUGCUAUGUGAUUCGUUCAUAGGUAUAAAAACGUCUCGAUCUCUGUUUUCUUUGGGGUUUUAAUGCUUUUAUGCCAUGAAAAAGCAUUCAGACUAGAUUAAGGUGACCUUAUUUAGCAAACCAGUGCAGGAUCAGGGAACCAGUUCAUAAUCAGUUCAUAAUUAGAUAUGGGGUCUGUCUGAAAAUCUAGGAGUUCUGUACAUAGACGCACUUUACAUCAUUCUACACGCUCCUGGGAAGAAGGCAUGUCUCAAUUCUUAGUUGCCUUAAAAUGCUGCCUAAUGAGGUGCCUUAAUUCGAAGCGAUAACUGACUGAAUGACAAGGGAGCAUCCGAUGCUUCCUUAGCGGCACAACUUUUCUCACUAAAACAAAUACAAAUACAGUGCACGAAGGUGUAUAAGUGUAAUUUAUUUGCAAAUUCAGGCUUGUACGUGACAAUUCUAGCGGGUUGUGCCGCCUCAGCACAUUGAUUUGAAAACUGUGGUGACAUAAUCACAGUAAUCGCUGCCUAAGUAGUGUGCCUAAAUAAUCCGAAUUCUCUCUGUUUAGGGAGCUGCCUAGGUAGGGAUACCAUAGAGUCUACUCAUGCAAAGAGCUACAUAAUACAGGUUUUAAGUUUUAUUCAUGACGGUGGAGUAUUUUUUACCAGUGGCGUAACUACAGGGGAGGGCAGGGGGGGCAGGUGCACUGGGGCCCAUGGCAUGGGGGGCCCCUCCAUGACAUGAACGCAACCACCCACCUCACUGCCCCACCCUUUGGCUUUAUGCAUGUAUUGUGGCAAGCCAAAUAGGAAAUAUAUAGCAAACACUGAUAUAUAUGGAAUAAAACAGAUAUAUAUAUAUAUUUAAAUAUAUUUGUUGAGGGGGCCCAAAAUUUCUUUUUGCACUGGGGCCCAUGAGCUCUUAGUUACGCCACUGAUUUUUACCAUCCAAAAUCAGUAAUUCAUUAGUUUUUAUACACAACAGGGGGAAGCUGUAGAUUUAGUCUAUUUAUUCUGUGUAUUUGCAUAAAGAACAGCUUUAGCAGCUCAUCUGCUUGUUUGCCUAAGUGAACCAAACUGGUUCACCAUUAUUUCAUUGACUAUUUUCCAAUAUUUGCAUCUUUUUAUCAUCAAAUCACUGUUUUUUGGUUUGAAUUGACCUAAAGAUCUCUGUUGUUUCAUAAAAAUGAUAAUUUUUCUAUAAAAGAGAUGAAAAAUAGUACUGAUUUGUACAAUAUGCUAAUUUUGAACCUGGAAUCCACACAUACAAAUCAGUCUGUAAUUCCCUAAUAGGGAAUAGGUGCUUCCAUCACUUGAUCUAGAACGUUUUACUUUAGAAUACGUAUAGAAAUAGCUAUUAUAUAUCAUAUAAAUAAAAUAUGAAGGCUUAUUUACCAGCAGGUUUAUUUGCUUUGUUGUUUUGCACCAUUUAUACUUGACAUUUUGAAUUCAUCAAUAUUACCGAGUUUGUAAACAUGAUAUCGCAAUAGCAAAGUGUUGUUUCGUUUCGGUUUUGCUUUCAGUAUCUUAUGCAUUUUAGUCACUGUGGGUCUCUGUAAUACUGUAUAAGAUUUUUAAUGAAGAGCUGUGAGCAGUGUGUCCGAGUGCUAGUCCGAAUGUGUACGUGUGCGUUCGUGUGUCAUGUGUUCGUGAGUAGGCCUGUAUUUUGUCUGAUUGACAAAGCUUCACUUAAUAAGCUUCACUAGCUAAUGUAUUACCUAUCGAAUAUUCAACGAGUUCUUGUUAAUAAUUCAUUUCCACACCUUUGUUUUAUUGUUCUUUGUCCAACUUCCUACAGCAGCGCGUUCCACCUAACUGGUGCUAUAUCUGACCUGCCUGCGGUCAGACGCGUCCGUUCCGCCACAGCAUUUCCAUCUAAUUUAAAUGAACAGGCGGUACUGUUGCACUUUUCAUUCCACAACGCACAUUUGACAUGUUUUAAGAAACCUGGGCCUUUUAUCCGCUUAAGUGAAAACUAAAUAAACCAUUUUAAACCAA